AAAAUUGACCACGACCACAAUUUGUUUUUAGCCGAAAGUUUAAUCUAAUUUUCGAUUACAUUUUACUCAUAAAAUGGUACUUUUAACAAACGAAGAGUUCCUUUCGCAGCUUACCCUGUUAGCACAAUCAGCCCGAAAAGACUCCUCAUUUACAGUAACAAUUAAGCGAUAUGAUGGACAUGAUCGGCCAAAGCCCCGGGAAGGUAAACCAUCCCUACCGACACCUGCCGAGUACAGCUGCCUAAUCCGGGCACGGUCCCGCUCAAAGAAGCUCGCGACCGUGGUGAAGCGGGACGAGGUGGCCAAGUUCAUGGAAUCAUACGCGAAGGUGCUCAAAUCCAGCAUGGACGGUUUGAAAAAGGUCAAGAAGGUGAAAAACAAAGCCAAGGCGGCCCAGGGAUAGUGCAGCAUAUCGGUUACGGAGUGAAAGAGGGGCGCAUGUGUUUAAGGUGUUCGCUAGUUUAUCCAUGUGGACGGUGCAAUGUGGGGGGAUAGCACGCUGGAAUCAUAAGUGCAUUUUCUUUAUUCGUUUAAUUGAGGAUUCGUUUCUAUUGCCACCUCCCGGAUUCUACCUUUUGCGUGGCGGGUCUCAUUACAAAGAAAAACACCGAAACGCGUGUUUGUUUCCCCGUGCCGACCGGGGCCCGCCUCUUCAGCAAGUCGGUGAAUACGCAACCGGCAAUGACACUUUAAUUUUGCUGUAGAAUUAAGCGUGUGAAUGAAUUUAAUAUAAAAGAGAAGGUGAAUUUAAACGCCUGUUCUGUGUGUAGUGUGGAAACCGCGCGGGUCGAAGAGUGCUCUCUGUGUGGUAUUAGAUUUCGUUUUCGUGUGAUUUUGCCCGAUCGAGUCGUUUCAGUUCGUUAAGCUUCUCCGCUAUCUGCAGCUGAAUUGUGGCCCGAUGCUUCUUCCCUUCGCCCAAUGCUUCCAUCUCCUCCAGCCACUGAACACGUUCGUUGAUUUCUUC